AUGGGGGGCCCAGGCGUCCGGCGGGGCUUUGCCCAGGACCCCCGUUGUGCCGGGCCGGCCUGGCUGCCGCGCGGGGACAGGAAAGAUGUGUUUAGGCAGCGCCGGGGCCAGGCUUUGAUCCAGCGCUUACGCGGACCCCGCGCCCGGCCCCGCUGCAGCGCCCUCUCCGUGUCCCCAGGCCCACGGCUGCCCAUGGACCUGCUGGCGCUCGCUCUGCUCCUGGCCGGGGUGACACCCGCGGGCGGCGCGGAGGAGCCCGAGCUGUCCCACGGCUGCGCCCAGGGCAGCUGCUACCCGGCCACCGGGAACCUGCUGGUGGGGCGCGCGGACCGCCUGAGCGCCACGUCCACGUGCGGCCUGCGCGCGCCCCAGGAAUACUGCAUCGUCAGCCACCUGCAGGACUCGGAGAAAUGCUUCACGUGCGACUCGCGGGAGCCGUCGCGGCGCGAGAGCCACCGCAUCGAGAACGUCAUCUACCUGAGCGGCCCCGGCGGCGAGCGCACGUGGUGGCAGUCGGAGAACGGCGUGGAGCACGUCAGCAUCCGCCUGGACUUGGAGGGCGAGUUCCACUUCACCCACCUCAUCAUGAAGUUCAAGACCUUCCGUCCCGCGGCCAUGCUGGUGGAGCGCUCGGCCGACUUCGGGCGCACGUGGCGCGUGUACCGCUACUUCGCCUACAACUGCUCCAAGCUGUUCCCGGGCGUGGCGGGGCAGCCGUCGGGGCGCCUCGACGAGGUGCUCUGUGACCAGCGCUACUCCGAGAUCGAGCCCUCCAGCCACGGCGAGGUCAUCUUCAAGGUGCUGGACCCGUCCAUCCCCGUGGAGGAUCCCUACAGCCCGGCCAUCCAGGACCUGCUGCGCGUCACCAACCUGCGGGUGAACCUCACCAAGCUGCACACGCUGGGCGACAACCUGCUGGACUCGCGGCGGGAGAUCCGCGAGAAGUACUACUAUGCCCUGUACGAGCUGGUGCUGCGCGGCAACUGCUUCUGCUACGGGCACGCCUCGGAGUGCGCCCCGCUCAGCGGCAGCGCCCCGGACACCGAGGGCAUGGUGCACGGCCGCUGCGUCUGCAAGCACCACACGCAGGGCCUCAACUGUGAGCGCUGCGAGGAUUUCUACCACGACCUGCCCUGGCCGUGCCGCUGCGACCCGCGGGGCACCGUGGCGGGCAGCUCCCCCUGCGACCCCAUCAGCGGCGACUGCUACUGCAAGCGCUUCGUGGCCGGGCGCUCCUGCAGCCAGUGCGUGCCCGAGUUCUGGGGCCUGAGCUACGACGUGGGCGGCUGCCGGCCCUGCGCCUGCGACUUCGGGGGAGCCUACAGCAACCGGUGCUCCAUGGAGGACGGCGCCUGCCCGUGCCGUCCGCACCUCAUGGGGCGGCAGUGCGACCAGGUGGAGCCCGGCUUCUUCUGCGCCCCCCUCGACUACUACACGUACGAGGCCGAAGAGGCCACUGGCCACGGGCCUGGCCACCCGCAGCUCCCGGGCGCCGCGCGGCCCGAGGCGCCGCCCGACUGCCCGCAGUUCUACAACGGGGAGCCCGGCGGGCGCAAGGGGCGCGCGCGGCACCGGCGCAGCCCCCCGCGCGCCCCGUCCCGCCGCGGCCGCCAGCAGCCCCCCAAGCCCGACGUGGAGGAGGUGGCGCGGGACGGAGCCGGGCGCAUGGUGACGUGGACGGGGCCGGGCUUCGCCCGCGUGCGCGACGGCGCUGGCCUCACCUUCCGCAUGGACAACGUGCCCUACCCCAUGGAGUACGAGAUCCUGCUGCGCUAUGAGCCCGAGUCGGCCGAGGACUGGGAGGCCGUGGUCAGCGUCAGCUCCCGGGCGCUGCCCACCAGCCCGCGCUGCGGGAACCUGCUGCCCUCCGAGCAGCUCUACCGGGAAAGCCUGCCCCACACGCAGAGGUACGUGCUGCUCUCCCGGCCCUUCUGCUUCGAGCCCAGCACCCCGUACGAGGUGGCCGUGCGGCUGCAGCGCGCCGGCGUCGCCCAGCGCCACCCCGGCGCCUUCAUCCUCAUCGACUCGCUGGCGCUGCUGCCGCGCGUGCCGGAGCUGCCGGGGCUGGCGGGCGCCGGGGAGGCCGCCGCGCGGCGCCGCCACGAGCUCGAGCGCUACCGCUGCCUCGAGGCCUUCCGCAUGGUGCCCCUGCCCGCCCUGGCGCAGGCCUGCGCCCGCCUCGUCUGCAGCGUCUCGGCACUGCUGCACGACGGCGCCCUGCCCUGCCAGUGCGACCCGCAGGGCUCCCGCAGCGCGCCCCCGUGUCCCCCUGCCCCGCAGCGGCUGGGUUGGCCAUGCCACAUGUCCCGGCCAAGUGCUGACCCAGUGUCCCCCGCAGCCUGCGCCUGCUCGCCGGAGGGCUCGGUGUCGGCGACGUGCGACGCGGCCAGCGGGCAGUGCCGCUGCCAGCCCGGCGCCGUGGGCCGCCAGUGCGACCGCUGCCAGCCCGGCCACUGGGGCUUCCCGGCGUGCCGGCCCUGCCAGUGCAACGGGCACGCCGAGGAGUGCGAGCCGCGCACGGGCAGCUGCCUGCGCUGCCGCGACCACACGGACGGGCGCCACUGCGAGCGGUGCCAGGACGGCUACUACGGGGACCCGGUGCUGGGCUCGGGGCAGCAGUGCCGGCCCUGCCCCUGCCCCGGCUUCCCCGGCACGCGGCUCUACCACGGCAGCGCCUGCCACGCCGACCGCGACACCGGCCACAUCGUGUGCCUCUGCGCGCCCGGAUACGACGGGCCGCGCUGCGACCGCUGCUCCCCCGGGUACUUCGGGGCGCCGGAGAUGGAGGGGGGCGCGUGCCGGCCGUGCCAGUGCAACAACAACAUCGACAGCAGCGACCCGGGCGCCUGCGACCCCCGCACGGGGCACUGCCUGCGCUGCCUGUACCACACGGCCGGCCCCCGCUGCGCCGAGUGCCAGCCCGGCUACUACGGCAAUGCCCUGCAGCGCAGCUGCCGGCGCUGCGGCUGCGACCCGCGCGGGACGCUGGCCUCGCACUGCGCCGCGGGCGCCUGCUCCUGCGAGCGGGCGUCGGGCGCCUGCGCCUGCCGCCCCAACGUGCUGGGCAAGAGCUGCGACCGCUGCGCGCCCCACUUCUGGGGCCUGGGGGCGCCGGGCGGCUGCGAGCCCUGCGGCUGCCACCCCACGCACGCGCUGCACCCUGCCUGCGACGUGGUCACCGGGCAGUGCCACUGCCGGCCCGGCUUCGGCGGCCGCGACUGCUCCCAGUGCCGGGAGAAUCACUGGGGAGACCCCGCGCUGCAGUGCCGAGCGUGCGAGUGCGAGCCGCUGGGCGCCGCGAGCCCGCAGUGCGAGCCCGAGAGCGGGCAGUGCCAGUGCCGGGAGGGCUUCGGGGGGCCGCGCUGCGACCGCUGCCAGCGGGGCUACCAGGACGCCUUCCCGCGCUGCCCGCCCUGCCACCCCUGCUUCGGGCGCUGGGAGCCGGCGCUGGGCGCCCUGCGCGACGGGCUGCAGUGGCUGCGCGCCGAGGCGCGGGCACUGCGCGAGGGCGGCCCUGCGCCGAGCCCCCAGCGCCUGCGGGCGCUGCAGGACACCCUGGGGCGCCUGGGGCAGCUGCUCGCCCGCGGGGACGGCCCCGGCUCCCCGCUCCUGCGAGAGCUGGGCGACCGCCUGGACGACGCCAGGACGGAGCUGGAUGACUUCUGGAGGCGGCUGCAGGAGCUGGAGCAGCACGUGGAGCAGCUGGCGAGGAGGGAGCUCGCCCACAACGCCUCGCGGCAGCUGGAUGAAGCACUGGGGCAGCUGGGCGCCGCAGCGCACAAGAUGCAGGAGGUGCAGGAGCUGGCGCGGGGCGCGCGCAGCUGCGCCGAGGAGGCGCUGGGGCGCUCGCAGGCCGCCCGCACGCGCACCGAGAAGGCCACGGCGCAGCUGCGCGACUUCAUCCGCCGCAUCAAGGCCUUCCUGGCAGAGGAGGGAGCCGACCCAGGCAGCAUCGAGCUGGUGGCCCGGCAGGUGCUGAACAUCUCGCUGCCCAGCAGCCCCGGCAGGAUCCAGGAGCUGCUGCAGCAGAUCCAGGAGAGCAUCGCGCAGCUGGACGGCGUGGACGCGGUGCUCAACAGCACGGCACAGGGGCUGGCCGCGGCGCGCAGCCUGCUGGCGCGGGGGCAGGAGGCCAGGGAGCGUGCGGAGGGCGUGCGGGAUGAGCUGGCGGGCACGCAGCGGGCGCUGCGGGUGGCGCAGGCCCAGGCGGCGGCGGCCGGGACCGCCUUGCAGAGCGCCAGGGACGGCAUCCGCGCAGCCGAGAGCCGUGCCAGGGAGGCGGAGCGCAGGCUGCAGGCGCUGCAGGGGAAGCAGCAGCGGGCGCAGGAGCGGCUGCGGGAGCUGGCACAGCGCGUCGCCGCCGUGCAGCAGCAGAGCCGCGACAGCCGCCGCUUGGCGCAGCAAGCCGAGGGCCGGGCGCAGCUCGCCACCGCCGCCGCGGGCACGCUCAGCCAGGACCUGGUGCAGGUGACGCAGCGGUACCUGCUGCUGAAGGGCCGGGUGAGCGAGCUGCACGGCGUGUCCCCGGGCGCGCGGCAGCGCGUGCUGCACAUCACGCAGCAGGCCCAGCACCUCCUGGACAAGGCCAACAGCAGCAAGAGGAAGCUGGAAGAGCUGGAGCAGCACUUCGGUGCCAACGAGCAGGCCAUGGCGGCCAAGGCGACGCGGCUGCAGGCGCUGGAGCGGCGCGUCUCGGGGCUGCUCCAGGAGAUCCGGGAGAGGGCCAACGCUUACGCCACCUGCUAGGGCACCGCGGGGCUGCCGCUGGCUGCGGGGGGGGCAUCCCCGGGCCCCCCAGCCUACCACUUGGGGGGCCAGCCCGGCCCCACGCGGGAUGUAUUUCCCGCAUUGUCCCACGCUCUGCCAGCUGCAGCUGGGGUAGUGGGUGCACUGCAGGGG